AUGUUAUCAGAACUUGAAAUACAAGCAGUUAUUGGAUUUACAGGUAAAAUUACUUAGGGCUUGAUAUUGCAUCCAGAUAAUGAGCAUAUUAUCUAUCCAUUAGGUUCCACUAUUGUUGUUCGACAUAUAAUUAGUAGAGCUUAAACAUUUUUAAGAGGACAUGAUAAUUAGAUCUCUGUGAUAACAGUUUCUCGUUCAGGUGAUUAUGUUGCUUCUGGAUAAAGGACUUACAUGGGAUUCUAAGCUGAUAUAAUAAUUUGGGAUUUCAAGGAAAGAAGCAUGAUUCACAGAUUGAAAUUACAUAAAGUAUUGAUUCAAUCGCUCAGUUUUUCUUACAAUGAAUUAUACUUAGCCUCAUUAGGAGGAAUUGAUGAUAAAAAUAUGUUGAUUGUUUGGGAUAUCAAAGCAGGAAAAGCCUUGUACGGUACUCCUAAUAGAGAUCCAGUCAAUCAAGUUUAGUUCUACAACUAAUCAGAUGAAAAAAUGAUAGCAGUUUUAAAUACUGGAGUUUAAAUUUUAACAAUUGAUAAAUAAAAUAAAAAGAUUUAAUCUGUUGACGUGAGCUUUGGUAACGUAAAACGUACAUUCACAUGUGUUGCUAUAGAUAAAAAUGACAAAUAUUGCUAUUGUGGUACUAAAACAGGAGAUGUGUUUGAAAUUCAAAUGGAUAUGGCCAUAUAUAAAAGACUAGCUCCAGUAAAGAAGUUAUUCAGUCAAGGAGUUAAUUGUUUGGGUUUAUUACCUAAUGGUGAUAUUAUUGUUGGUGCUGGUGAUGGUAUGAUAGCUAAAGUGUCAUUCUAAACAAUGCAAAUAGUAGCAAGCAGCGAACUUUUAGGAGGAGUAACUUCAAUUACAUUCACAAAUGAUUAUACUCAUUUUUUUACUGGAACAGUAUAGAGCAAUAUUUAUUGGUUGGACACAGAGCGAUUAAUUCCUGAGUUAAGAAACACUUGUCAUUAUGAAAGAAUUAAUGAUGUUGCUUUUCCUCAUAACUAUUCAGAUGUCUUCGCCACUAGUUCUUUGAAUGACAUCAGAGUUUGGAAUGCUAAAAAUAGAUAAGAAUUAUUAAGAAUCUAAGUCCCUAAUUUAGAAUGCUGGGCAGUUGCAUUUAUGAAUGACGGCAAAAGUAUAGUGAGUGGAUGGAGUGAUGGUAAAAUCAGAGCAUUCUUGCCUCAAUCAGGUAGAUUGAUGUAUGUCAUAAAUGAUGCACAUAUUCAUGGAUGCACAUCUUUGACCUGCACUUCAGAUUGCCAAAGAAUCAUCUCUGGAGGAUCUGAAGGAGAAGUUAGAGUUUGGGAAAUAGGCAAACAAACUUAAGUUAUGAAGUCAUCCAUGAAAGAACACAGAGGAAGAGUAUGGUCAAUUCAAGUUAGAAGAAAUAAUGAAUAAGCUGUCAGUGCCAGUGCAGAUGGUUCUUGCAUUAUUUGGGAUCUCAAAUCAUUUACCAGAGUUAUGUGUCUUUUCGAAAGCACUUUAUUUAAAAUGGUACUUUAUCAUCCAGAAGAAAGUCAAUUACUCACAACCGGAAGUGAUAGAAAAAUUACUUAUUGGGAAACCUUCGAUGGUUAGGCAAUCAGAAUGUUGGAUGGAUCAGAAGAAGGAGAAGUCAAUGCACUUGCUAUAACUAAAGAAGGAGAGCAUUUUGUUUCUGGAGGAGAAGAUAAAGAAGUUAAGCUGUGGGGUUAUGAUGAAGGAAUCUGCUAUUUUAAAGGAUAAGGUCAUUCUGGUUCAAUCACUAGAAUUACAAUCAGUCCAGAUCAAAAAUCCAUUAUUUCUGUAGGUGCAGAAGGAGCCAUAUUCAUUUGGAAAAUGCCCGAAUCUGUAAUAAACUCCAAAGCACAAUAAGAACUCCCCACUGUUUAAAGCGUCAAAAAAUCGAACGAAAUUCAACAGCAGUCCUAACAAUAGUCACAAUAAGCUCCUAAAGAUUCAUAGUCAUAAAAGUCUAAUCCAGUUGCUAAAUCAGUUAAAUCAGGAACAAAAUCAUCGAAGAAAUGA